UCUCUUGGUUUCUUCUUUGUUGCUGUUGACUGUUCCUCCCCGCUCCUCUGCUGUUCCCCUCACCCCCCCACAAUCCUAGGAUGUACUGUGGGGAACAGGACUUCAAGUGGAGAAGAGGAGGUUCUGUCUGUAUUUAUAGCCAUGCCUGGAUAGGAGAGUUUGAUGGUCUUAAGUGCUGGAUAAAAACACCUUCCUAGAGGCAUUCUUUUCCCACAGAGAGUGAAGACAAAUCCAGAGGAGAGGUGUGAAACUACAGCUCAAAGAAAAUGAAUGGAACACUGGAUCACCCAGACCAACCUGACCUUGAUGCCAUCAAGAUGUUUGUGGGUCAGGUUCCUAGGAGCUGGUCUGAAAAAGAUCUGAGGGAACUAUUUGAACAGUAUGGUGCUGUCUAUGAAAUCAAUGUCCUGAGGGAUAGGAGCCAAAAUCCUCCCCAGAGCAAAGGGUGCUGUUUUGUUACGUUUUACACCCGGAAAGCUGCACUAGAAGCACAGAAUGCUCUUCACAAUAUGAAGAUCCUCCCAGGGAUGCAUCAUCCUAUACAGAUGAAACCUGCAGAUAGUGAAAAAAACAAUGCAGUGGAAGACAGGAAGCUGUUUAUUGGUAUGAUUUCCAAGAAGUGCAAUGAAAACGAUAUCCGAGUCAUGUUCUCUUCCUUCGGACAGAUUGAAGAGUGCAGAAUAUUACGAGGUCCUGACGGUCUGAGCCGAGGUUGUGCGUUUGUGACAUUUACAACACGAGCCAUGGCACAGACGGCCAUCAAGGCGAUGCAUCAAGCACAGACUAUGGAGGGCUGCUCCUCUCCUAUUGUGGUGAAGUUUGCAGAUACCCAGAAGGACAAAGAACAGAAGCGCAUGGCCCAGCAGCUGCAGCAGCAGAUGCAACAGAUCAGUGCUGCAUCCGUGUGGGGGAAUCUUGCUGGGUUGAACACUCUGGGACCCCAGUACUUAGCACUUUAUUUGCAGCUCCUUCAGCAGACUGCCUCUUCUGGGAACCUCAACACCCUGGGCAGCCUCCACCCAAUGGGAGGACUCAAUGCAAUGCAGUUACAGAAUUUGGCUGCAUUGGCGGCGGCUGCUAGUGCAGCUCAGAACACACCUAGUGGCACUAAUGCUCUCACAACGUCUAGCAGUCCUCUCAGUGUCCUCACCAGUUCAGCAGGGUCCUCACCGAGCUCUAGUAGCAGCAAUUCUGUUAAUCCAAUGGCUUCCCUUGGAGCCCUGCAGACCCUGGCUGGAGCAACUGCUGGCCUCAACGUCGGCUCCUUAGCAGGGAUGGCUGCCUUAAAUGGCGGCCUGGGCAGUGGUGGUCUUUCUAACGGCACAGGAAGCACGAUGGAGGCCCUCACGCAGGCCUACUCUGGGAUCCAGCAGUAUGCUGCCGCCGCACUCCCUACUCUCUACAGCCAGAACCUGUUGACACAACAGAAUAUUGGUGCUGCAGGAAGUCAGAAAGAAGGUCCAGAGGGAGCCAACCUGUUCAUCUACCACCUGCCCCAGGAGUUUGGAGAUCAGGACCUGUUACAGAUGUUUAUGCCUUUUGGAAAUGUUGUUUCUGCCAAGGUUUUCAUCGACAAGCAGACAAACCUGAGCAAGUGUUUCGGGUUUGUAAGCUAUGACAAUCCUGUUUCAGCACAGGCUGCCAUCCAAUCAAUGAACGGCUUUCAGAUUGGCAUGAAACGCCUGAAAGUGCAGCUCAAACGUUCGAAGAAUGACAGCAAGCCCUACUGAGCAUUCUCCCCUCUGGGACUGGAGUGAGAGGGUCUUCUGAUUCCUGCCGUUUGUUCAUCGUUGUGCCUAAAGCAUGUCGAUGUGGCGUCAAGUACAUCGUCCAAAUCCUUGUCUCUUCAGCUUCUCUGAUGCUUGAACUCUCACCUUUGACCUUGUGUUGACCUUUGAUGCUGAUGUGUAUUUUUUAUUAUGUUUGUUUCUUUCUUUGUUUUUCUUUAAAUUUUUUUGUGCUGCCAAAUUGGUUUUGCUAGAACGACUGCUGAAGGGGAAAUAUUUAAACUUGCAUUUGAAUAUAAAAAAAAAAUCUAUUUUUCUAGAACUUCCUAAGAUAACCACUUGAUUUUGUGAUUCCAAUUCUUUGUAAUUGUCUUCAGAGCAGCCCUGCUAGCACAUGCCUGUGGUGUUUGUAUUUCUGUGGACACACAGCCAGUCCGUUUCUAGGCUCUGUUUUUCUGUGUGCUUAGUUUUAAAGCAAAACUUUGAAGCAAACAGUGAAAUAAAAGACGUCACUAAUC